CAAACUAUUACCUACAAUUUCUAUGUACUUUCUGUAGGCCACAAUAACACGCUAGGGGAUUCAAGGACGAAAGUGAGAUGUGGGUCGGUUACACAAUAUAAACACACUUACAACACAACAGUGUGUACGAGGCUGAAGCAGCAGAAUCAAGAUGGCCGAAAGCCCACCAGUCAGCAACACUGCAGAGUGAAAUCAGGCUUGGCUCUGUGCUCAGAUGAUGACUGGGCUUCUAAAUGCCCCUCUGGCUGCAGACUCGAGGGUUUGAUCUCAAAGAUGGGGAGAGAGGUGGAGAGGAAACUGAGGAAGGUGUGUAAGACGGCAAAGAUGUACGAAGACGCAGCUGAGAAGUCCAUGACGGAGAUGACACAAAUCUACAACGACAACCGGAGAGUAAUAGUCAACAGAUACACGUCCGAGCUUAAGUUUGUGGACCAUGCCGAAGGACUAGCCAGGAACCUCACGUCGCUACAGAAACGAUCGUCUUGGCUGUCGCAGCAACUCGGUCAGCUGCGCCACAAUGUCCAGAAACAAAUGGAGGACUUGUAUCAAACAGAGGUGGACAUUGAUAUCAAACUGCGAGCCUGCCAUGGGUCCUGCCGGUUGGCGUUACCUUUCAGCAUAGAUCAUUCCAGCUAUCAGAUGCUUCAAAAUGACAUGGACCAGAUAGACAAGACUCUCAACCAAAGAAAGAAGACCGCUACUCCUCCUAAAAAUAUCCCUACUAUCAAUCUGCAGCAUAUAGAUGUAGGCCCGGCACCGUCUGCAGAGUACAAGACCAUCCCCAUGGUCAAGAGAGAACUGUUGACCCAGUUUGAGGACAUUGGACAGAACCAGGUAGUUCUGGAGAAGCUCCUGGAGGCGUCUGCAGAUAUUGAGGCUCUCGCUCCUACAGAGCUGGAAUGAAACGGUUUGACUGAAGAAGGGCUGACAGUUUGCAAUGGGAGUAAGUAAUGAAGGAAGAGAAGAAUAGGUGUUUCUUUUUCAUUUCACCAGCACACUGUAACAAUAUUCAAAUAAAUAUGAUAUAUGUUGUUUUAUUUUUGUUUACAGAACAUCUCUAUAGACAGGCUCUCAAAUUGACACACAGUUUCAUGCUAAAAGUCAGUUUGUCCUAAUGAACGGGUCUUUGGCUGAGGAAUCUAUGGCUAAAUGCAGCAGUUACAAUGUUGCAGGUAGUUGCAGGAUUUUUUCAACACAGAGCAAAAAGAAACAUCUUUAAAAAUUAGAAACCACAUUUUAAAUAAAAAUUAAACAGCAACAUACUGCAUGAAUUACAACAAUUUAUGGGGCCAUUACACAAAGUGAAUGUCUCACCUUCUAUCACUAUGUUACAAAUUCCCAUGUGUUCUGUCUGUAAUGUACUGUAAUGUUUUAAAGGUAUCAUUUGAAAUGGUGAUCUUUUUUUUUUUACCUCUCUUACUUGUCAACCAAACAUUAACUUCAGACCAAAUUAUUUAAAACAGUACUUCAAACAGUCCAUUUUUAGAUGUUAAUUUAAUAAUAUUAGAUCUUUUACAUACUAACAAUGUAUUUUUCUGGUUCCGCAUGUUGGCAAAAGUUUGUAUUACCUCUGAACAAUAACUAGACACAUUUGAAUAUCAGCCCCGACUGCAGUGAAAACACAGUUCUGAUUUUUUAUUUAUUUCACUCUUAUGUCUUCAUAAGAAACAAUAUACAGAAAUAAUUACUUUCAGCACACUGUAGUCGUUUUGUUUGUUUAGUAAUUGUGUUAUUUAUAUUUGUAUAGAUUACUUAUAAAAAUGCAUUGUUGCACACAGUUUUGCACAAUUCUUUUACUUAUGUUAACCCUGAUCUUAUUUUGCCUAUGUUUCUUAUCAAAUAGUUUCUUUCACAGUAUAGUUUCAUUUGUAUUGACUAGCACUACAGUGGUAAGUCAUUAAAUUUGCAUUUUUCUCUAUAAUACACGUUUUCUCUUUUAUUUUAACAAACUGGAGCAGAAAUGAUUCUUGUUUAAGCGGGGAUGAAAAAUUACUGUGUACAUUUUUAUUUCUGUAGUGCAGUGAACAACAAUCAGACCAGGCAGAAUGUAUGUUCCUCAAUGUCUUUAUUGAGUAGUGGAGGACAGUUGGCAACAACUCGUCCUUGUAGUACACACACUGAAGACGUCUCAUAUAACAAGAAAGGACAGAUCACAG